UCUAUCACCAUCAGCAGCUUGAUUUGAAUUCCUAGAGGAACAGAUAAUUCAUUGAAUUGUCUGUCAUGGAAAAUGGGCAGCUUACCAAUGUACAUGAAAAAACAGAGGAAGCUAGGUUUUAUGAAAAUCCAAAUUUAGGGGAAGGAGAAUGUGAACAAGUCUCUAAUCAGAGCAGUGGAGACUCAACCUCUCCUUCUUUAAUUACCAUGCUAGACAUCAUGGACAUUAGAUGUGAGAAUAGCAACGAAAUUAGCCAUCAAAACUCUUGUUCCUCCCAGCAUGGCUCUGAAAGGGGGGAAGAAACAGAUUCUCUGCAAGAUGAUUUUGAGAAAAACCAAUACAAAGAUAGAGAGGACAGAGCUUUUGAAAGUGCAAUGACUAUGGAGAACAUUUUCAAAACUUCAAGAAAUACUCUCAGAUUUCCUUUCAAUGACAAUUCAGAAGAAAACAACAAUUUUCCAGAAGAAGAACAUAAGAUUUUCCUUGUUGUUAAGGCUGGCAUAGAUGGAGAAAGCAUUGGGAACUGUCCAUUCUCACAGCGUCUUUUCAUGAUACUUUGGCUCAAAGGGGUUGUAUUCAAUGUAACCACAGUUGAUCUGAAAAGAAAGCCUGCUGAUUUACAUAAUUUAGCUCCUGGGACCCACCCACCAUUUCUGACUUUUAAUGGAGAAGUCAAGACAGAUAUAAACAAGAUUGAGGAAUUUUUGGAGGAAACUCUUUCACCUCCAAAAUAUCCUAAGCUUGCAGCCAAGCAUCGUGAAUCUAAUACUGCAGGGAUAGACAUAUUCUCCAAAUUCUCUGCGUUUAUCAAAAAUACAAAGCAGCAGGACAAUAACAGUCUGGAGAGAGGGUUAACAAAGGCUUUGAAGAAACUGGAUGACUACCUGAGAAAUCCUUUGCCUGAAGAGAUAGACACAAGCAACACUGAAGAAGAAAGAGUGUCAAAACGCAAGUUUCUUGAUGGGGAGGAGCUGACCCUUGCAGACUGUAACCUCCUGCCCAAGCUUCAUGUUGCCAAGAUUGUAACAAAGAAAUAUCGCAAUUAUGAAUUCCCAGGAGAAAUGACAAGACUGUGGCAAUACCUGAACAAUGCUUAUGCUCGGGAUGAAUUCAUCAACACUUGUGCUGCAGACAAAGAGAUUGAAAUAGCUUAUGCAGAAGUAGCUAAACGGCUUUGCAAAUCUUAAUCAGAAUCAGCAAGAUCCAUUUCUCCAAAGAAUUCCUGUUUUAUAGAUGCUUUUCCAUGAAUACCUUCAAAUAUCUAUGUAUGAAAGUUGGAUAACUUUAACGAGAUUCAUAAGUUUUCUGGAUGCAUCUUGACCAAUAUUUCACUUAUGAAAUACUGGAUGAAGAGAAGACAGUGUGGAAUAGAGAAAGCACAACUCCAAAUUAUUAUGUUUUAUAAUUUAUGAUUUGGCGGGAGUACUUGGAGAGGGUGGGAACCUUCCCUUUUCCUAGAGAAAAUGUAGGACAGGAGAAAACAUUUCUGAAAUCUUUACCAAUAAACUGGAACAAAUGUUAUAUGGUCCACUGAUAUCAUUUGGCUUCAUUCAUAUACUUGGGCUAAAAAUUUAAAGGUAAAUACAGAGUAUAAUUUUGCCUAUUUCUUGCAAAUGUUUUUCCAUGGACACUAACUAUGAUCUAUCUGAAAAUACUGUAUGCUAAAAUUAGGGUUGGGAAGUUUACAUUUGGAGAGAAAACAGGGGUGACAGUAAGAAAAUGUAUCUUAAGCAGAGUGUUGCUUUAAGACUAUUUAGCAUAAUUUAAGGCCUUCCAAAACCUAUUCCAUCAACUCAGAUAGCAGGGCCUAAAGCUCAGUGGGAAGCUUUUAAAUCUUAAAUCUAAUGGGAAUCAUAAUCCAAGUAUAUCUAAUGUGGUUCAGGCUGGCGAUCUUACAGGUUUAAAGGAAAGGCUGGAAGUUCUAUUUGGAAGUAGAAUUUUUCCACCUAGUUUUGGGUAAAAGUAAGAAAAUGCCACUGAACAAACCUGAAUGAAUAUUAAAAAUAGAGAGGUUCAUGCAUCUCAUUUUCUUCCAUGCAGAAGUUGGAAGCAUUGAAAUAGUGAUUCAAAAAAUGUGUCUUUAUGACUUGUGGAGUUGCUAGAAAGAGGGAUAUAGGAACAGGGAUCUAGAUAAUCUUAAAAUCUCACUAAUGUUCUGAACUUUCAUAUUUUGUGAUACAUGCAGUCUUUGCAGAAGGAAUUGUGCUUUAAGACAAUGACUGCUUUGUUCUGUCAAUUGCUCACCACCGUAUUUACUUGUAAUGAAAUGUAGAGGUUGAGUUCAUAUUCUUUUGGCACUUGCAAGAAAAAAAAUUGAAUAUGAUAUAGCAGGACUGCCAACUAAGUUGGACAACAUCCAGUUGCAUUCUUUUAACUUCAAUAAAGGAGACAUUCAAAUUUUCUAUUAUUUUCUUUAAGCCAUAAAAACAAAGGAAGAUUUUUGUUUGUAAAAUCUUUAUUUGAGACCAGGCUCAUAUACAUAAGUGAAGUGGUGUAGAAGACUAGGAACCUGAUCUUAAGUCUCAAGGAGCAUUCUGGGACUGUACAACCCUCAACUCUCAAAAAAUGAUGCCUCCUGAGGGUGUUUCCAUACGGAGGGCUUUGUGGACUAGCAACAAAACAUAAUAUAUAGCUAGUUCACCUUGUCUUGCUUAAGAUAUAUUUAUGUGGAAAGCAAAAAGAAGAUAGAGAAUACAGAAAGCAGUAUGAGUGGGAAAGGUAUAAUAAGGACCUGAUGGUGACAUCCAUAAAUUCUAUUAAGUCAGGGAGCUGCCACAGUAAAAGUCUUUCCUUGAAACAUAUAAGAAAUCAAAAAUGUUUUUCUUUUAAAAGUAGCUGCAGAAAUAACCCUGCAGCUAUGUUCAGAAUGUAAGCAAGCUAAGACAAUACAGAUUCCAUCAGCCUCUUCAUGCAAUUCUCACAUACCUACCAUUGAUUGCAAUGAACCUCCACUGGAAUCUACAGUAAUCUAAAAUGAGCCCUUCCAUCCAAAAUCUUGGCUAUAGAAAAUAAAGCUGUGCUGUAUCCUUUGUUUAUAUCCAUCAUUUUGUUUUCAUUGAACUUUGUAAUGCCUCUCUUGAAAGUCCAUGAACUCUCCAGUUUUCUUUCUGAAUGGACAAAUUAAAGUCAGGCUAGACUAGAAAGCAAUGGUUCCUGAUUUUAAAACAUUGCUGAGAAAACAGUUGGCUCAGAAAAUGCAAGUAAUAGCCAGAAAAGUCUAGUGAGAUCACAAAAAUCUAUUCACAAAAAAAUAGAAGAGAAAUCAGGCUGGAAUUAUUUCUACUUUAAAAUGUAUGAAAUAUUUUCCAAAUCGGCAUUCAAAAACAGAUGAUCCUAAAUAUAAUAAGCAUGGCCUGGUUUUAUGUAAAGAAGAGUAAUAUUGAUAUCUCUCUCUUUUUUUAAUGCUAGUCUCCACUUCUGAAACUGCUGAUCAGUUAGGCUAUUGUGAAUAAAAUUAGGGCUGAUGGCACACAAUAUUUGUUAAAUAAAGUGAAGACUUGCAUGUAUGAAUGAGAUAACACAAAUGAAUAGGCAUAACUCUCAUUUCCCUUGUUAUCAAGAAAAUUCAGUCCAAAAAGUUCACAGAUUUCUCCAUGUGUGUUCAAAUGAUAAUGAAUCAAUUAUAUUAAUGUGUGAAUCAGCUUUCCUUUGAAUGGAAUUAAAAUUGAUUCUUUGCUUCAAUACUAAAAGCUGAAGAAACAAGCAGAGAAGAGAGGAUUAAAAUGUAAUGUCAGUGCCAUUGAUUCCUCGGUACUUCACAACCUUUGAGUGUAGAGAAUUUCUCUGGCCCCUCUUUGUCUCUUAUUCUGCCUGUUGAUUUAAAAUAUUGCUGAUCCCAGAUAACUUCCUUCUUCCUUGAACUCUGGUAGCAUGCAGUUAGCUCUGUGCUAGGCUUUGCCUAUUCCUAUCAUGUAAUAAAUAACUCUGUAUUAUAAUAAUAAACCAGUUUUACUCAUUCUUGCCAUCAGUCUCAGGAACACUUAUACAAGACACAAAGACUUUCUUCCAAUAGGGAGCCAUGGGCAGAUUGGCCCAGAGAUGGGUGGAACCGGCAGUGACCCAGGCUGCUUCUCCCGUCACCGGCAUGUUUCUGCGCAUGCACAAAGCAGUUUUCAGUAAACUGCACACAAUUGCCUGCACAUAAAACACCCUCUCUCAGCAAACCAGUAGUAAACUAGUUAGUAACCCACCACUGGAUUGGCCAGUCUGUAUUUCCUCUUAUCUCUGAAGUUCUCCUUGAAGACCUUUAGUUCUUUGGAGGGCAAUCCUAAUAAAUGCCUCUCGGACAGAAAAAAGAGUUAUCUUCACCCACUGAGUCCUUGGCUGAAUUAGAAACUGGGGAACUUAUGUCCCUUUUCUUUCCCAGAUGUUAAUGGACUCCCAACUUCACAUUCACUAACAUGAGUAAGGACUGCAGGUGUCAUGCUGCGUUCUAAGGGUCAGAAGUUCCUCAAUUCAUUGUAAGGAUUUCUGGGAAGGAAAGAAGCUCUUUUAGCUUUGGAAUGAAUGCUUAUUUAUUUUAGCUAUAAUUUAGAAAUGGUCUUCAUCACUUCUUGGAAGCAGCCCUCCCUGUGCUGAAUUUAAUAGCUUUGCCUUGCCAUUUAUCAUACAAUUGGCUGCUGAUACAAGGAGUUCUGAAAUCUAUAAAACAUCUGAUAAUCUUUUUACUUUAUACUUUACAUACGACUUCCUUGUACUCUAUCAGAUAUCUAAAUAUAUCAUGUAGUGAAGUGGCCCAAAAGGUUUCUACCAAAUCCUCAAAUUCUCUCACUUCCCAGCUAUUAUUUUCCUCUUCCUCCAAUGUCAAAGCUUUCUUCCUUGAAACAUAAAUUAUUGUCCACCUGGUUCUCUUUAUUUAGCUAUUUUCCCAGAUUCAUCCACUGAGCAAGAAAUGUUAAUAUUCCUAAAACCUGAUUGCUUGACUAUCUCAUCGUAGAUCUAAACUUCCCUGAAUCAAAUUUAUUGGAAUGAGGAGAACAACUACAUAUUGUAGUUUCACAAGUUUAACAUGAAGAACAUGGAACUGCUAGGUCUAGAGUUGGUGAGGAAGUAUGCACAUACUAAAAAGUGUGAAUAUUAUUCCUUUGGAAGAACAAGGUGAAACAAAUGAAAUGAUAUUGAUAGAUUAUAGGAGUGCAUAUUUUUUUACUUUUAAUAGCAAGUAUGUUACAGUCAUCCUGUUCCAAAAACAAUUAUCUACUAAAGGCCUAAUGUACAUGUGAUGUUGUUUUAGAGAAGGCCAAUCUUAUAUACUAAGAAAGGAACUGGCUGCAGUAUACACUGUAUUUAGUAAACAGAUACUGCAGUGCCAUUCCUACAUUUAAGGAAAACAUGGGUCAAAUACUGAAUACUAUAGUUUUUAGUGCUUUGAAAUGAGAUCUGAUAAAAAAAUAAGGUAACAUGCUAAUACCCUGUAUACUGUUUUCAUACUUUUGUCCUUUAUUAAAGCAAGCUAUUAAAAUAUGAA